AUGUCAGACAGACGUGUCAAGUUUUCGACCUCAUCAAAGGGGUCGUCUAAAAGCCACCGCAGUCGUGAUGACUCAGGCGUGGGUUCGUCAUCUAGUGAACAGGCUAGUUUAGGUGGAAGACCUGAUCGUAGAUUCACAGCCGAGGACUUCGAAGACCAACUCUACAAUGUCGGUGCUCUUCAAGAAGCACUGGGUCAAGCGAACCAGAAAGCCGAACAAUUUGAAAAGAAGUGUAACGAACAAGACGCCGAGUUAACCAGAUCCCAUAGACUCACUCGGGAGGCAGAAAAGCGUUACCGUGAAGAAUGCGAGCGUACUACGAGACUAGAACGGCUCAACAAGAGCCUCGAAGAUGAGAGAGUGCGACUAUCAGAACAGGUUAGGGAGCGUGAAGAUGAUUACAAUGAUAUGAAAGACCAGCGCGAUGAGUACCGGCGGAAAUAUCUCGCCCUAGCGGAUCCUGUCAUAGACAGUACCAUGAGAGGUGGCUCUGGCGAACCCUCACCCCCCACACUAAGACGAUCAGGAAGUAAACACAGAGAUGCAAUAGGUUCCAUCAAGAAAAACACGGAGCAUAAGGAAGAGAUGUCCAAUUCAUCACGCCAUCAUCGUCGGAGUUUAAGUGUCAGCGUAAGGCCAGGGGGUCGUUCUAACAGCAAGAAACCAUAUAUCGAAAAGAUGCCUAGACCUCCAAGCCCGUCCGAAAGGUAUCAAAGCAACUACACUACCGGCCCAAUGGAAAUCCCAUCUGCCGACCCUGCAUUAUACUCUAGCAUUCCUCGGACUUCCCAACCAGCUACGCCUUCAUCGUAUCAAGGUGUUCCGCAGACAGGAAACUACAUACCAUACCCCUUACACGAUCAGCGCGGCCGUCGAAGGGGUUGA